AUGGAUUUGGGCGCCUUUUUGGCCGACGACUCCCUUGGAGGCUCGUGGGCUGACGAGGAGGUCGACAUGUCGUCCAUCGGAGUCGCUGUUCAGGGCGGAUCCACCGCUGCACCAGUUUCCAAGUUCUCCAGAGACGAGGAACAGUUCGGAGAUUUCCAGAAGAGAGAGAGAACUGAGUUCCCUGUGCCUGAUGUUCCUCCAUUCAAGGCUAGAGUUGCCAACUUGCCAUACGAGGUGUCGGAGGAGGCUUUGGGCCGUUUCUUCGAGGAUAGAUUGCAGGCUAGAGAUAUCGUUGAGGACAUCAAGUUGCCAAUGGACAACAUGACCGGCAGACUUAAGGGAUUUGCCUUUGUCACCUUCACCGAGAAGGCAGCUUUGGAGGAGGCUUUGCUCUUGUCCAUGUCAGAGUUCAACGGCAGAAAGAUCUACGUGAAUGUCGCUGCUCCUCAGAAGGCUGAUGUUUUCGACAUGGACUGGAGAUCGGGCAGAACUGGACCUUUGGGCCAGGGUAGAAGAGAGGAGCCAGACUUGGACUGGGGCGCAGCCAGAUCUGGUGGACCUUUGCCAGCUAGAGAGAGAAGACAGAGAAGAGAUGAGCCAGACUUGGAUUGGGGAAGUGCUAGACAAGGUAACCCAUUACCUCCAAGAGAAAGAAAACCAAGAAGAGACGAGCCAGACUUGGAUUGGGGUAGCGCUAGAGCCGGCAACCCAUUGCCACCAAGAGAGAGAAAGCCAAGAAGAGAUGAGCCAGACUUGGACUGGGGAAGUGCAAGACAGACCAACCCAUUGCCUCCUAGAGAAAGAAAAACCGACUCCGAGUGGAGUUCGGCUCGUGGAAACUUCAAGAAGAAGGAGGAGCCUGAGUUUGACUGGAAGAGAGGCCAGAAGUUGGAGCCAAGAGCUAAGAAGGCACCUGUGAAGAAGGACGACAAGGAUGUGGCCAAGCCACAGAAGUCUUCGUUCGAUGUUUUGGCUCUAGACGACGACUCUGACGAGGAGAGUGGGCUUGAAAAGAAAUUGGGAGACUUGUCUGUGCAAAACUAA